CACCCUCGAUAGUUUUAAAUCGUCUUAAAUUUAGACUAAAAACACAAAAAGCGAAAGGCUUGUCGUCGAAUCAGCUUAUCAAAGCUUUUAGGUGACAAGUUGACAGUUCUUCGUUCUUCGUGUGAAGGUAUUGGUAGUGGUCGACCUUGAACUUGUUUGGAAAAGGAGACUUCGUUCGGAUGGACUUAGUGGUGGGAUUGUCAUUUACAAUCGAACAGUCACCAUGAAUAGUUCUCUUGGGUUUUUGCUACUGGCAGCUCUUUUCGGAUUCUGUUGUGCUGGCAAUGGGUACAAUUACAUUAGACCAGCCAAAGAACUUGGAAGUUCAGGACCAGUCCUUCAAGCCGAUGGAUCAACUAAAUCUGUGUACGUUUUCGGUGAUCCCGAUGAGCAUCAAAGUCAUAGCAGCAGGACUUCACAACAACGCCCCAUUUCUUACAGGCAGCCGGCAGCUAGUCGUACCACCUACAGCAAGGUAGCGCCCCAACAACGUCGUGUGGUCUACAGUCAGCCUGCUCCACAACGUUCCGUUGUUUAUAGCCAGAGAGCUCCGCAACAAAACACUGUGACAUACAACCAAAUUGUGCCCCAACCAAAGCCAAUAACCUUCACUCAGCAACCAAAGCCAAUCAUUUCCUACACUCAGCAACAACGCCCCCUGACUUAUAGCACAAUAGUUCCACAACAACAAAUUUCCUACAACACCAAUCGAGUAGUUCCACAACAGCCGCUGCCCUUCUUAACUAAUCAAUUUGUCCCCCAACAAAAUGCCAUAAGUUACAACCAGCAACAGCCCUUCGUGUACAACCAAAUAGUUCCCCAACAGCUUCCCAUCAGCACCUACCAAGUAGCACCACAGCAGCAAUUCCAAUUCGCCCCCUACCCGGUAGUUCAACCUGUGAGACAAAAUCUUCAAGUGAUAUUCGUAAAGACCCCAGGAUACGAAGCCUACACUGAAGUUCUACUGAAGAUGGCCAAGGAAGCCAUCCAAUCCCAGACAAUUGUAUACGUCCUCAGCAAAGAACCAGAUGUCGCUGAGCUCACAAGGAGAUUCCAGGAAAUCCAAGCUACUGCCCGUAAAAUGCCCGAAGUAAGAUUCAUCAAAUACAAGACAGACGAAGAGGCUAUUGAAGCGCAGAAGGCAAUUCAAGCUGAGUACGAUGCCCUACCCGGAACUUCAAAUACAUAUGGUACACCAAUUGGAAGUGGCAGUGGAACUGGAAUUAAAGCUGAAACUGGUUCCAUAAAUAGUGCGAUCAGCAGUGGUUCAACAAGUGGGAUCUUGCCAUCCUUGACAACGACUAAGACGACGGGUACGAGUAGUGAAGACGAGUUUUAUUCACAAAAUAGUCCACCUUUUGUGCCGACCGGUAUCGAUGUAGUACCAGGAAGUUCAUAUCUGCCUCCACACAAUACCCGUAAAUAAAUGAUUCUAGGGUUAGGGUUAAGGUCAAGAUGUUGCAAGUUUGUAUUUUUUUAAUAGGAAUUCUGCAUUGUGCAUCGUGCAUUUUAUGAGUAAGGAAGAAUUAUCAUGAUAAGAUAGUUGCUUUUUUUAAUUGACUGGAUUCAUUAAUUUUAAUUUAAUGAUUCGUGUCAUGUGAGAUGAAAGUUAUUUAUACACUGCCAAGUCAAUUAGUUAAGUUUAAUUGAAAUUGUAAUUAAAAACUAAGAUUUAAUUUUAAUAAUAAUUAUUAAAAACGAAAAAUGAUCAUAAAACAA